AUGGGCCGCGGGAGGACGGAGAUCAGGAGGAUUGACAACGCCGUCAGCCGCCAGGUCACCUUCGGCAAGCGCCGCGCCGGCCUGCUAAAGAAGGCCAACGAGCUCGCCGUGCUCUGCGACGUCCACGUCGGCCUCCUCGUCUUCUCCGACGCCGCAGCCGGACAACAUUCCCACUACUGCAGCCCCCACACCAGCUGGAGCGAGCUGAGUCAGCGCUACGAGAGCAUCACCAGCGCCGAGCUCCAGGGGACAGAUGAUGAGGAUGAUGAUGAGGCGAUGUUCACGGAGAUCGCAGUGCUGAGGCGUGAGCGUGACCGUCUCGCGGCCAGCCUGAGGAGGCAGACUGGAGAAGACCUGCCAUCCGGGGCUACCAGGGAGGAGCUUGAUAAUCUGGAUCAGCAGCUCGAGUUGACACUGGGCAGAGUCCGGGAAAUGAAGGAUGUACUACUGAGCCAGCAGCUGGACGAAUCACACCGCAAGGUGCACAACUUGGAGGACCAGAACAGCUUCCUUCUCGACAAGAUGACCGAGGAGGGGCAGCAGCAUCGUGUCGCCGUGGAGGCCGCGGAGGGCAGCACUACGCCGACGGUACUGUUCGGGGGCUUCUUCCCGGAGGUGGAGGAGCAGUUGUCGACGUCGCUUCAGCUGUGGCCGCAGCAGCAGCUUCCCGACGCUCAAGGAUUUGGACUGCAGCCCAGCCUACGUUUGUGGUUGAGGAGAAGGAGAUGA